CUCGGCUGCACUCGGCUGCACUCGGCUCGGCCCGGCCCGGCUCGGCCCGGCCCGGCUCGGCUCGGCUCUACCGGGCUCGGCUCGGCCCGGCCCGGCCCGCCCCGCCGCAGGGGCGCGCGCCUGGGGCCGGGGCCGGGUCUGGGACCCGCAGCGCGGGCCUGAUCCGGAGCUCGGAGCAGUUUCCAGGCCCUGUCCCGGACCUGCGGCGGGGCGGCCGGACGGUCCCGGGCCGGUCCGGUGCCGAGGAUGUUCCCGCAGAACAGGCCCCCGGCUCAUCUCCAGGCACCCUCUGCUGCCUCGGGAGCCGCUGUUGCUGCCAGUGCCAUCCCCAGCACCCCCCAGUCCCUCAAGCUGACUUACCCAGAGACCUUGGAUCGCAUCAAGGAGGAAUUCCAGUUCCUGCAGAACCAAUACCACAGCUUGAAGUUAGAAUGUGAAAAGCUGGCAACAGAAAAAACAGAAAUCCAGCGUCAUUAUGUCAUGUACUACGAGAUGUCCUAUGGCCUGAACAUCGAGAUGCACAAACAGACGGAGAUCGCCAAGCGGCUCAACGUGAUCUGCGCCCAGCUCAUCCCGUUCCUGUCUCAGGAGCACCAGCAGCAGGUGGUCCAGGCUGUGGAGCGAGCGAAGCAGGUGACUAUGACCGACCUGAACGCGGCCAUCGGGCACCAGCUGCAGACCCAGCACCUCUCGCACCACGCUCCCCCCAUCCCGCUGACCCCCCACCCCUCUGGAAUGCAGCCCGCUGGCCUCGCUGGCAUCAGCAGUGCCUCGGGGCUGCUGGCACUCUCGGGGGCACUGGGGGCCCAGGCCCAACUCCUCGCCAAGGAGGACCGAGGAGUCCAUGACACAGAGCCCAGGGCGACAGACCGAGACCCCGGCCCCAGCUCCCUGGCGCUGUCGAACGGGGAGCGCGCACGAGCCAUCGCCGAGUACCUGAGCAGCAGCAAGAAGAGGAAGGUGGAGGAGAAGGACUUUGUUACAGACUAUGGCAGCGAUGCAGACAAAAGUGAAGACAACUUGGUGGUGGAUGAGGACCCCUCUUCCCCGCACAGCGUCCACUCCUACUCGUCCCGGGAGAACGGGGUGGAGAAGGUCCCACUGGGCAGGAAGGAGGCCGUGCCCCUCAGUCCGACCUCCAUGGCCUCCUCCAGCAGCACGUCCCCGUCUCGGAGCAAGGAUGCACCCACGGUGGAGAAGGCAGGAACGCCCAGCCUGAAGUCCAGCACCCCCACCUCCCAGGGUGACACCCUCCCAGGCUCCAGCAGUGCCCAGCAGUUUCGCCCCACCGCUGCCAAGGUCCCCGUGGACCCUCUGGCCCUGGGCCUGAGGAAUCCGCUGGGAGUGCAGAGCCCCUACUCGGCCGCCUUUGGCUUGGCCCACCCUGCGGUCAACGGGGACGUGGCCGGGACGGGCGCCUACGCCAGCCUGCACCUCAUGUCCCCGCAGCUCAACGGGGCCGCGGCCGCCGUGGGAGCCGGCGGCUACGGGCGCUCGCCCCUGGUGGGCUACGACCCGCACCCACACAUGCGCGUCCCGGGGCUGGUGACCGGCAUGCAAGUGGGGACCUCGGGCAAGCCUGCCUACUCCUUCCACGUCAGCGCCGACGGGCAGAUGCAGCCGGUGCCUUUCCCCCCCGACGCCCUGAUCGGCUCCGGCAUCCCCCGGCACGCGCGGCAGCUGCACACCCUGACCCACGGCGAGGUGGUCUGCGCCGUCACCAUCAGCAACUCCACGCGACACGUCUACACCGGGGGCAAGGGCUGCGUCAAGGUCUGGGACGUGGGGCAGCCGGGCACCAAGACAGCCGUGGCUCAGCUGGACUGCCUGAACCGUGACAACUACAUCCGUUCCUGCAAGCUGCUCCCCGACGGCCGCAGCCUGAUCGUGGGCGGGGAGGCCAGCACCCUGUCCAUCUGGGACCUGGCAGCCCCCACGCCCCGCAUCAAGGCCGAGCUCACCUCCUCUGCCCCCGCCUGCUACGCCCUGGCCAUCAGCCCUGACGCCAAAGUCUGCUUCUCCUGCUGCAGCGACGGCAACAUCGUGGUGUGGGACCUGCAGAACCAGACACUGGUGAGGCAGUUUCAAGGUCACACGGAUGGUGCCAGCUGCAUUGACAUCUCCAACGAUGGCACCAAGCUGUGGACAGGGGGACUGGACAACACCGUGCGCUGCUGGGACCUGCGGGAGGGCCGGCAGCUGCAGCAGCACGACUUCAGCUCCCAGAUCUUCUCCCUGGGCUACUGCCCCAUGGGGGAGUGGCUGGCGGUGGGCAUGGAGAGCAGCAACGUGGAGAUCCUGCACGUCAGCAAACCCGACAAGUACCAGCUGCACCUCCACGAGAGCUGCGUCCUCUCUCUCAAAUUCGCCUCCUGCGGGAAGUGGUUCGUGAGCACGGGGAAGGACAACCUGCUCAACGCCUGGCGGACACCCUACGGAGCCAGCAUCUUCCAGUCCAAGGAAACCUCCUCAGUCCUCAGCUGUGACAUCUCCACGGACGACCAGUUCAUCGUCACAGGCUCAGGGGACAAGAAAGCGACAGUUUACGAGAUCAUUUACUGAGCCCCAGAGGUGCCAACUGCGGGACAGGCAGGUGUCCACGGGGAUGGACAGGUGGACUCUACCUGCCCUGCUGCUUACUUCCCAAAGAACAUGCAGCCAGUGGCUGUGGCAUCCCAGCUGGAAGAGAGCAGAGAGGGGUGGAGGUGACCCUGGGACCGUGGCCAGGCAUGGUGCAGGCCGCUGCUCGGGGUGGAUUUCCUGGGGACUUUCUCCUUGUUUUGUUCUUUGUGGGUUUCUUUCUAAAUCUAGACUGUGGGAGUUGGAGAUGGUGGGGGGGGGAGGUCUGGCAUUGUUAAAGGUUUUGUUUGGGUGCUUUUUUUAUUUUUGUUUUUAAAUUUUGUUGUGGGGUUUUUAUUUGUUUAAGGCUCUGGGCCUGCCAGAGUGGAUGGGCUCCAGUCUCACUUCCCUCUGUGCCUCCCAGGGUGUAUUUAAUAAUAAAAACAAACAAACAAAAAAAAGGCA